AUGGCGUACACAUGUACUGACACUGGAAAUCUAAUGGCGAUAGCCCAGCAACUCAUCAACCAGAAGCAACAACAAGAUCAACAGCAACAGCAACUUCUCAGCAUCAGCCCCUUUUGUUCCACCGACUCCGGAAACCAACACAACGCCGCCGCCUCUCCGAGCUAUGGCGCCGGCGGAGGAUACGGCGACCCUUUUCUGGUAACUGACGAAACGGAUGCUUCUGAACGUGGAUUUCAAUUUCCCAACCUGGAACAGCACUCCACUGGGUUCCGAUACUCGGACUUGUGCGGCGGAACAGGUGGUGAGUUUGAUUCGGAUGAGUGGAUGGAGAGCUUGAUGGGUGGCAAAGAGUCAACUGAGCGAUCCAAAUUCCCUUCGGAAUGCGACGCCUGGGAGACGGAAUCCGAGUUCAAUUUCUACUCCGCCGAUCCGUUUCCAAUUCCACCCUCCGAUCUCAACCGAGUCAUCUUCUCCGAGCCACCGGAAACCUCCACAUGGGUCCCACUUCCGCCACAACCUGCCACCGUACCAAACCACGUCGCUUUUACUGGCAAUACAGGUACUUCCACUGGCUUCCAAGAAUCUUCACCUUCAAAAAACCCAAUACUAAAUGCCUUAGUAGAGUGUGCUCGACUCUCGGAAAUAGACCCUGAAAAUGCAAUGAAAUCCUUGAUUCAACUCAGGGACUCGGUAUCCCAACACGGGGAUCCCAUAGAGCGAGUUGCGUAUUAUUUCCACCAGGCUCUCUACAGCAGAGUCUCCAUUUCAGCGGAGAGAACUCCAAGUAUUAACGAUGCUGCCUCGGAAGAGUUCAAUUCAUUUUACAAGGUCCUCAAUGAUGCUUGCCCUUACUCCAAAUUUGCUCAUUUGACUGCAAACCAAGCAAUUCUUGAAGCCACUGAGAAUGCCAAAAGAAUUCACAUACUGGAUUUUGGGAUUGUUCAGGGUGUACAAUGGGCUGCUCUUUUGCAGGCAUUUGCCACCCGUCCGGCCGGAAAACCUGAAAUGAUUCGGGUUUCUGGUAUUCCGGCCCCAAUUCUCGGAUAUUCUCCUGCAGCAUUGCUGAUGGCUACUAGAAAUCGGUUGGGUGAGUUUGCUAUAUUGUUGGGUCUGAAUUUCGAGUUUGAACCGGUUUUGACCCCAGUGGAGGAGAUAAACAGAGCGACAUUCCGAGUCCACUCGGACGAGGUCAUUGCAGUGAAUUUCAUGCUCCAACUGCAUAAUUUGCUCGACGAGAGUACCGAAAUUAUUGAGGCCAUUCUAAAGCUUGCGAAAUCUUUGAAUCCGUGUGUGGUGACAUUUGGUGAGUAUGAAGCGAGCUUGAAUCGGGGUGAGUUUCUCCAUCGAUUCAAGAACGCACUCAAGUUCUAUGGGGCAGUUUUUGAAUCACUUGACCCUAACUUGGCCCGUGACUCAGCAGACAGACUACGAAUAGAAAGGUUUUUGUUCGGACGGAGAAUAGCCGGGGCGGUGGGCGCGGAGGAAUCAGGGACAAGAAGAUUUAGCAUGGAAGAUAAAGAAUUUUGGAGGUCACUAAUGGAGAAUGCUGGUCUCGAGCCAUUAGGCCUCAGCCAUUAUUCGAAAAGUCAAGCGAAAAUACUUCUUUGGAACUACAAUUACAGUUUGUCCUAUAAGGUGGUUGAUUCUUCUCCACCUGGAUUUCUCUCUUUAUACUGGAAUGAUGUACCUCUCCUUUGUGUUUCUUCAUGGCAUUGA